UGCAGGGCUGAGCCCAAGAGCCCAGGUUCGAGUAGAGUUCAACCCAAAUCAGGUUACUGCGCUUAGGCUGAUUGCCAGGAGGGACGCUGCGACAAGCGGCGCAAUUCCGGAUGCGGACGCGCAACUUGAAGCAACUUUAAGAUCCGAGUAGUCCGUCGGCCCGCGCGGACCCAGACCAAGAAGAGGGCGAACGAGAAGAUGCCUCGGCCAGGUCGCAACACGUACAGCGACCAGAAACCGCCCUAUUCCUACAUCUCCCUGACCGCCAUGGCCAUUCAGAGCUCGCCAGAGAAGAUGCUACCGCUGAGCGAGAUCUACAAGUUCAUCAUGGACCGCUUCCCCUACUACCGGGAGAACACGCAGCGCUGGCAGAACAGCCUGCGCCACAACCUUUCCUUCAACGACUGCUUCAUUAAGAUCCCUCGGCGGCCGGAUCAGCCUGGCAAAGGCAGCUUCUGGGCCCUGCACCCUAGCUGCGGGGACAUGUUCGAGAACGGCAGCUUUCUGCGGCGCCGCAAGCGCUUCAAAGUGCUCAAGUCCGACCACCUGGCGCCCAGCAAGCCGGCCGACGCGGCUCAGUACCUGCAGCAGCAGGCCAAGCUGCGGCUCAGCGCGCUCGCUGCCUCCGGCACACACCUGCCGCAGAUGCCUGCUGCUGCUUACAACCUGGGCGGCGUGGCGCAGCCCUCAGGCUUCAAGCACCCCUUCGCCAUCGAGAACAUCAUCGCGCGGGAAUACAAGAUGCCUGGGGGACUGGCCUUCUCCGCCAUGCAGCCAGUGCCCGCUGCCUACCCGCUCCCCAACCAGUUGACUACCAUGGGCAGCUCUCUGGGCACUGGCUGGCCACACGUGUACGGCUCUGCGGGUAUGAUCGACUCGACAACCCCCAUCUCCAUGACGAGUGGCGACUACAGCGCCUACGGAGUGCCUCUGAAGCCGCUGUGCCAUGCAGCGGGCCAGACGCUGCCGGCCAUCCCCGUGCCCAUCAAACCCACGCCGGCCGCGGUGCCUGCGCUGCCCGCCCUGCCUGCGCCCAUCCCCACAUUGCUGUCGAACUCGCCGCCCUCGCUCAGCCCCACUUCCUCGCAAACAGCCACCAGCCAAAGUAGCCCCGCCACCCCUAGCGAAACGCUUACCAGCCCGGCCUCCGCCUUGCAUUCGGUGGCGGUUCACUGACCCGCGGAGGCCGGCAUCCACUUCGUUCCCCUCCCCAUCAACUCACACCUUCCCCAGCUCCCAGUCCUGCCCUCUCCGACCUAGGACCGCUAUUCUAUCUGGUCCAUUUCACCUUGGCCAACCCUCUCUCUCUCUCUCUCUCUUUCUCUUUCCCAAGAGAACUUUGUUUUGGACCCGGGAGACAAAACACAAACUUGAGGGAAGGCGCGAGGGAGUCGUCUUCGCCCCUACACCAGGGGAAAGCGGAGACUUCCUGAGCCCAGCCGCUCCCCCCAAGGCCCCCCAUCCCAUUUAACUGGCAGGGGAAAACCUGCCGUCCGCCUUCGCGGAGAAAAGAGCGUCUUUCCCUGGGUUCCAAUCCGCUGAGCACCGGACUCUAGACGCAAGACUAAGACUAGAGAAACAGCCUCGGAGAUUUUCUGGAACAGAAACCCCUCGGAGGGCUGCAGCCGCACAGUGGAGGGCCAGAUCUCCUGAGGUCUUGGAAAUCCUCUGCGCAAAGGAGCCACAAAUCUUCCUACCCUAUUCACCUCCGCCCACCAGGCUUCGAAGGGGAGGACCACAGCUUCUCUGGGCUGCAGCCCUGCCUCCCCGGCUUCUGCGGAGAUGGGUUUUGUUUUGUUUUGAGUUCUGUUUCCUGCCAGAGGCUCCGGGCGCUGGGAGUUAAGAGAGAGGCUGCUAAGUUGAUAAAGGGACGCUUGUCCUUAACACAAGCAAAAUAAAAAUAAAAGUAACGUUGUAUUGUUUACAAAGCUCCAGGUAAAAUGUAAACAGUGAACUUGAAUCUGCCUUGCUAGGCGGGCUAGUGGGCAAAGCCCACUUUACAAGUACCUGUUGUAAUGUGAAUGUUUACUCUUCAUUUCAGGCCAGGUUUAGGGGAGGGAAAGGGGGAUGGGAAAGUUAAUUGGAAUGUUAACUUUCUACUACUUAGAGACCUUUUAGCUAUUUAUUUUACUGAAGAGAGAGAGAGAGAAAGAACAGAAAGAGAGAAAAGAAAAUGAAAUGAUCCCAACUAAGCACCAAGGGCAACCCUGGAAGAACUUAGAUAAGCUGACUGGUAACAUGAAGGGGAUGUCAACAUAUAGUUUUCCCCUGGACAAGUCUUUCUGUUUGUGACAAGAACUUUUCCACGAAGCUAAAGGGCUGCAAAGAGAUGUAAAUAGUUGUGAAUAGGAAUGAUUAUACACUGUGUAAAAUGCACUUUUGUUUGCUAUAUUCCUUUAGAGUCUUAGGUAAUUUGCUGGAAAACGAACUGUUGUUCUGGUGUGACCUGCUUAAAUUAAAAAAAAAUUGUAGUGUCAUCAGAGCUGUAAAAUUUUUAUCUUUCAUUUUUUCUUCUUCUCUGUACAGAAUUAGCAUGGCAUUUUAAAUAUUGAUGUUCUUGUUCCCAGCAUGCCUGUUUUAAGACAAAGAAUUUUAAAAAGGUGUCUACAUUAAAUUAUGACCUAGUCUAAAUAAUAUUUUCUCAUUAAAAUAUGUAAAUUCCAAUUUUA